AUGUCAGAGAAUGAAUCUAGUAAUGCGAAAAAGCCAGAAUUCAAGUAUAAGAUUGGUAAAGUGAAGCAUACACCAACAGUACAAAAGGAUGAACGUAAUGGAUUAAGUUUUAUUGAGCUAAAGCCAUCACCAGAUGAGAAAGUUUAUGGAUGUACGAAGUUUGCAGGACAUUACAAAGAAGAGAAAAAAUUGGGCCAAGGGACAUUUGGAGAAGUCUACAGAGGGAUUCAUUUGGAGACUCAAAGGCAAGUAGCCAUGAAAAGGAUUAUUGUCAAUGUAGAAAAAGAACUUUUCCCCAUAACGGCUCAUCGAGAAAUCACGAUUCUGCGAAGGUUAAACCACAAGAAUGUAAUUAAACUCAUAGAAAUGGUUUACGAUUAUCCACCUGGUACUAAUGGAAGAGCUGCCCGAGAAAUGCCUUAUCAAUCACCAUCAGGAAAACCUCCAUUAAUGAAAUCAUUUUACAUGAUAUUGCCGUAUAUGGUUUCAGAUUUGUCCGGGAUAUUGCAUAAUCCAAGGAUUAAUUUGAGUUUAGGUGAUAUAAAAUGUAUCAUCUUGCAAUUGUUAGAGAGUCUCAACUAUAUCCACUGUCAAAAAUAUAUGCAUAGGGACAUAAAGACUGCAAACAUUCUAAUAGAUCAUAAUGGUGUAGUGAAAUUGGCAGAUUUUGGGCUCGCGAGAUUAUACUAUGGUGCCCCGCCAUCACUGGAUUUUCCGGGUGGUGCUGGUUCAGGAGCCAAGUACACGUCUGUGGUAGUCACCAGAUGGUACAGGGCACCUGAAUUAGUUCUUGGUGAUAAAUUGUAUACUACAGCAGUCGACAUGUGGGGGGUUGGUUGCGUAUUUGCGGAAUGCUUUGAGAAAAAACCUGUCCUUCAAGGAUCCACCGAUAUCGAUCAAGGCCAUGUAAUCUUCAAGUUAUUAGGUACACCAACAGAGGAACAAUGGCCGUUAGCGUGGUAUUUACCUGGUGCAGAAUUGACCAGAACCAAUUAUCCUGGAACGUUGAAAGAAAGGUUUGGUAAAAAUUUGAGUGAGAUCGGACUUGAUUUCUUAAGGAAACUAUUGUCCCUAGAUCCCUAUAAAAGACUAACUGCCAUGUCAGCAAUACAACAUCCUUUCUUCAAAGAGGAGCCAUUACCUUGUGAGAAGUUGAUUCUUCCUUGUGAGGAAAGUCAUGAAGCCGAUAUUAAGAGAUACAAGGAAGAAAUGCACCAAGCAAUGUCUCAAAAGGCGCCUUCGGCUCCAAGAGGACAUGUUACAGAAUCAAGCUCAGAAUCAGGAUCUGUCCCCGUUUUUCCCAGAGCUCCAAAGCCAAAAUCACAUUUCCCUACAGGUCCGGCAGCUUCCUCUCGUAGACCACCACCUGCACCGGGCACAAAUUUAUCGAGAAAUCAUACUUCUCGCUUUAACUACAAUAAUACCAAUAAUAACAGUUACGGCGGGGUUAAUAAACCACCUCAUACAAGCAAUUUUCAAAAAUCGAGGUACAACAGUAGGUAUGGCAACAACAACAACAAUAACAACCUACCCUCGGGCCCACAGCAAAUGCCUGCAAAUCCAUACCAACACAGAAAUGGGCCUCCUCCCUAUGCAAAUCCACAGCAGCAGCCUCCUUCAAGAUAUCAGGGCACUAACGAAAAGUUCUACCAGCAUCAUACUCAUCGAGACCCCAUAAUUCAUAAUAACAACAACAAUAAAAAUAGUUCCAAACCAAGGCUCGAGGAAGCAAGAUCCUCGAGAGUUUCCGGUGUUUCUGCACCUCUUCCAAGAGGACCAGCGAUGACGCAAGCUCCUCCACCACCUCCAUCGAUUUCCACACCAGGAGAAAGCAUACAGCAGAAUCGACCUCAAGAACGAGAGCAAGACGGUGGUAACAAUCAAGAAUCUUCGAAAGAUGGAAGCGGAACUAGUGACAAUAAUAGAAAGGACAUAGCUGACCUAUACUGA